AUGAGUCUAAUCAUUGAGAAUAGUAAUCGUCACGAGCAUAAUGGAAAUGGAAUUGCAAUUGAUCAAAUUUCUGAUGGCAAUACAUCGUUUCUUCGCGCAGCUCGUGCAGGAAAUCUUGAAAAAGUGUUAGAGCAUCUUAAAAAUAAUAUUGAUAUUAAUACAUGCAAUGCUAAUGGCUUAAACGCACUUCAUUUAGCAUCGAAAGAUGGACACAUUUCAGUCGUGUCUGAGUUGCUUAGUCGCGGUGCAAUAGUUGAUGCGGCAACUAAAAAAGGCAAUACAGCACUUCACAUUGCAUCAUUGGCAGGACAAGAGGAAGUGGUUAAACUUUUAAUACAACACAAUGCAUCAGUUAAUGUUCAAUCACAAAAUGGUUUCACACCACUUUAUAUGGCAGCACAAGAAAAUCACGAUAGUGUCGUUAAAUUAUUGCUAGCAAAUGGAGCUAAUCAGAGCCUUGCUACUGAAGACGGUUUUACACCUUUAGCCGUUGCAAUGCAACAAGGACAUGAUAAAGUUGUCGCAGUUUUACUUGAAAGUGACACACGUGGAAAGGUCCGACUUCCAGCUUUGCAUAUAGCUGCUAAAAAAGAUGAUGUCAAGGCAGCUAGUUUAUUACUUGAGAACGAUCAUAAUCCGGAUGUGACAUCAAAGUCGGGCUUUACACCAUUACAUAUUGCAUCUCAUUAUGGAAAUGAGGGAAUUGCAAAUUUGUUAAUUCAAAAAGGCGCCGAUGUAAAUUAUGCAGCAAAGCAUAAUAUAACUCCAUUGCAUGUUGCUGCCAAAUGGGGUAAAACAAACAUGGUAGCAUUACUUUUAGACAAGGGUGCAAAUAUUGAAAGUAAAACAAGAGAUGGAUUAACACCCCUUCAUUGUGCAGCACGUUCCGGACAUGAACAAGUUGUCGAUAUGCUUUUAGAACGAGGAGCACCAAUCAGCUCUAAAACUAAAAAUGGACUCGCGCCAUUACAUAUGGCAGCACAAGGUGAACAUGUUGAUGCUGCCAGAAUUCUUUUAUAUCAUCGUGCACCAGUUGAUGAAGUAACAGUGGAUUAUUUAACAGCCCUUCAUGUCGCCGCACAUUGCGGACAUGUAAGAGUUGCCAAACUUCUUCUUGAUCGUAAUGCAGAUGCAAAUGCUAGAGCAUUAAAUGGUUUUACACCACUUCAUAUUGCCUGCAAAAAGAAUCGCAUUAAAGUUGUUGAACUGUUAUUAAAACAUGGUGCCAGCAUUGGCGCUACAACUGAAAGUGGAUUGACGCCAUUACAUGUUGCAUCAUUUAUGGGUUGCAUGAAUAUUGUCAUCUAUUUAUUACAACAUGAUGCUAGUCCUGAUGUACCAACUGUUCGAGGAGAAACUCCAUUGCAUUUGGCAGCAAGAGCUAAUCAGACGGAUAUUAUCCGAAUUCUCCUUCGUAAUGGUGCUCAAGUUGACGCAAGAGCACGUGAACAACAAACUCCAUUGCAUAUUGCAUCACGUCUUGGAAAUGUUGACAUUGUUAUGUUGCUUCUUCAACACGGAGCUCAAGUUGACGCAGUCACAAAAGACAUGUACACGGCGUUACAUAUUGCAGCUAAGGAAGGACAAGACGAGGUUGCUGCUGUUUUGCUUGACAAUGGAGCUCAAAUUGACACAGCAACAAAGAAAGGAUUUACACCUCUACAUUUGACAGCUAAAUAUGGUAACAUUAAAGUUGCUCAGCUACUUCUUUCAAAAGAUGCACCAGUUGAUGCUCAAGGAAAGAAUGGAGUAACUCCAUUGCAUGUAGCAUCUCAUUAUGAUCAUCAAAAUGUUGCAUUAUUAUUACUUGAGAAAGGUGCAAGUCCUCAUGCUACAGCUAAAAAUGGACACACACCACUUCAUAUUGCUGCUCGCAAGAACCAAAUGGAUAUUGCUACAACAUUAUUGGAAUAUGGAGCUCUUGCUAAUGCUGAAAGUAAAGCUGGAUUUACUCCAUUGCAUUUAAGCUCACAAGAAGGUCAUACUGAUAUGUCAAGCUUAUUAUUGGAACAUAAGGCAGACGCUGAUCAUCAAGCACGUAAUGGAUUAACACCAUUGCAUUUAUGUGCUCAAGAAGAUAAGGUUCAAGUUGCCCAGAUCUUGGUCAAGCAUGGUGCAAAUAUUAGUGCGCCAACAAAAGCUGGAUAUACACCAUUGCAUGUAGCAUCUCAUUUUGGUCAAGCCAAUAUGGUUAGAUAUCUAAUAGAGCAAGGUGCAGAACCAAAUUCAGCUACUGGAAUCGGUUACACACCAUUACAUCAAGCAGCACAACAAGGACAUUUGACAAUUGUUCAAGUCUUGGUUGAAAAUAAGGCAGAUCCAAAUUUAGCAACUACUACCGGACAAACUCCAUUACAUAUUGCACAAAAGUUGGGUUACAUUAGUGUUUAUGACUCAUUGAAACCAGUAACUGACUCGGAAGUUGCUAUGACAACAUCAAUGACCGAUGAAAAAUACAGAGUCGUUGCACCGGAAGCUAUGCAUGAAACAUUCAUGUCGGAUUCAGAAGAAGAAGGUGAAGACACAGCUUUGUCUGAUCAACCUUACAGAUACUUGACAGUAGAUGAAAUGAAGUCAUUAGGUGAUGACUCACUUCCAAUUGAUGUUACACGUGAUGAACGUGUUGAUAACAAAAUGAUCAGUUCCAUUGAAUCAACAACAGCUAAACCACCACAAGCAUUAGAAGAUUCAAUUAGUCCACAACAUGUUUCAAUGCAGCAUGCUGAAGCUCCAGUUGGACAUACUGUAACUGAUUAUGCAGUAACAUCUGACAACAUUGUCAUUGAUCGACAUCCUCAACAUGUCGGCUUCUUGGUGUCCUUCCUUGUUGAUGCUCGAGGUGGAGCUAUGAGAGGAUGUCGUCAUAGUGGAGUUCGAAUCAUUGUGCCUGCUCGCUCAGCAGCUCAACCAACUCGUAUAACAUGCCGUUAUGUUAAGCCACAACGAACAAUGCAUCCUCCACCAUUAAUGGAAGGAGAAGCAUUAGCCAGUCGUGUUCUUGAGCUUGGACCAGUUGGAGCUAAAUUUUUGGGACCAGUAAUUAUGGAGGUUCCUCAUUUUGCUUCAUUACGUGGAAAGGAACGUGAAAUUGUCAUUUUAAGAUCAGACAAUGGUGAAACAUGGCGCGAACAUACUAUCGAAAAUUCUGAAGAAAUAGUCAGCGAAGUUCUGAAUGAUUGCUUUGAGCCUGAAGACAUCGCUCAAAUGGAUGAAUUAGGUGGAGGACGAAUCUGUCGCUUUGUCACAUACGAUUUUCCACAGUAUUUUGCUGUAAUUUCACGUAUACAUCAAGAGGUUCAUGCUAUUGGACCUGAGGGUGGAAUGGUUUCAAGUACAGUCGUUCCACAAGUUCAAGCAGUUUUCCCUCAAGGAGCACUCACCAAAAAAAUUAAAGUUGGACUACAGGCGCAACCAAUUGAUCCUGAAUUAACAGCAAAAUUAUUGGGUCGUGGAGUAGCUGUUUCACCAGUCGUGACAGUUGAACCACGUCGUCGUAAAUUCCAUAAAGCGAUAACAUUGAGCAUUCCAACACCACGUGCUCAUAGUCAAGGAAUGAUAAAUCAAUAUUCCGGAAAUGCACCAACUCUUCGUUUGUUAUGUUCAAUAACAGGUGGAACAACAAGAGCACAAUGGGAAGAUGUUACUGGAUCAACACCGCUUACAUUCGUAAAUGAUUGUGUGUCAUUUACCACAACUGUAUCAGCACGAUUUUGGUUGAUGGACUGUCGUAAUAUUGCCGAUGCUACUAAAAUGGCAACAGAACUUUACAAGGAAGCUAUUCACGUCCCAUUCAUGGCUAAAUUCGUCGUUUUUGCUAAACGAGUUGACCCAAUGGAAGCACGCUUGCGAGUAUUUUGCAUGACUGACGACCGAGAAGAUAAAACUUUAGAGCAACAAGAAAACUUUUCAGAAGUUGCAAAGAGUCGAGAUGUAGAAGUUUUAGAGAAUAAAAUCCAAUAUCUUGAAUUAGCAGGAAAUCUUAUUCCUGUCACAAAGUCUGGUGAACAAUUGCAAUUCCCUUUCAAGGCCUUCAAAGAGAAUCGAUUACCUUUCUCCGCUCGUGUUAAAGAUCAGCAUGCAGAUACCGUUGGAAGAGCUCUAUUCAUGCGCGAACCAAAGGUAGCUAAAGGUGAGCAGCCACAAUCACCGAUUUGUAUCCUUAAUAUUGUCUUACCUGAAGACAUUAUACCUGAACAAAUAUCCGUACUUGAUGGAAGUCAGGAAGUUAUUCAUCGUAUUGGACUUACAUCACAUAUUCAUAAACAUCCUGAUGACUAUAUGCGUGGAGCAGAAUUACGAAUGAGUGAUGUUUCUAAUCAUCUGGGAGAUGAUUGGAUUAAACUUGCUCCAGAAAUUGGUAUGACUGAGCAAGAAGUUGAAGAUAUUAUCGAAAACUAUUCAAACAGUACUGCCCAACAAGCCCAAGCUAUGCUUAAACUUUUCCAGUCUAAGAAACAAAAUGAUUUAAAUAUAUUGGAGAAUGGACUUCGUAGCAUUGGACGAGAUGACAUUGUCGAACGUUGUUUGAUCCGGAAAAUUACUACAACAACAACAACAACGACAGUUACUAAGCGCCAACAUAAACGAUCAAGUGAUACAAAUGGUUAUGAAGAAUCAGACCUAAUUAAAGAUUCUGAAUCACUUGAGGAUCUUAAUAAGAAGAGAUAUGGACGAUAUGAACAUGAUGAGAGUAAAUAUUCAGCGGAAGAGAAAGUUGUUGAAUCAGAAGAAGAUGAGAUAGAAGCUGCAAAACGAAGUGUUGCUGAAAGACGUGAAAAGAUUGAAAAACGUUUAUCAGGCGAACAAAAGCAUUUCCCGUCAUCACAACAUAAAGAACUUGUCGAAGAAAUAAUUACAAUCAAGCGACAAAGUCUAAUUGAGGAUGCAGUGGCAAAGCAUGAGGAUGAAAUAUUAAUGCAGAAACCUAUUGAUAAUUCUUAUAAAUCUUCAACCGUACCAGAACAAGUUGUGAAACUAAAGACAACAUCUCAUGACAGCUCAUCCGUUGAUAAAUCAGAUUUUGAGAAGGAAUUACAUGACAAAUUCCAAAAAACUUUGGGUGAUGUUGAAAAGUUUGAGCAUAAAUUUACACAUGAAGCUAUUCCAGUAACUAUGGACUUUUUGGCAUCAGAAAUUCAUCACACAACUGUUGAAAAGGAUAUCCCCGAGAAGACUAUUACAUCAGUUUCUAAAACAACAACUGUCACAGAAACAAUUCCUGAUGAAAUUUUGAUCAGAAAAGAAUCGCCCGUUGUAAAAAAACGUGAAGUCAUUACCACAACAACAACAACAAGCAGUGAUGGAGAUUGCAUUAAACAGACAACGACUCAAAUUUAUGAUCAAGGUGAUGAUAUCACAGAUGAAUUUGAAAGAAUCGAACGUGAAGUUAUGGAUCCUGCUUUGGUUGAUGAAAUACUCGAAGAAGCACGCCAAAAGGCUGACAACAUUCAAAGCAAAGUUGUUACAAAUACAACGACAACAGUACAUCCAGGAGAAACCAAAGAAAUUAUUACCACAACAACAACAAUUCGAACGAUUGAAAGUAUAAAUUUAGACGAUGUUAGUGGCUCCAGGCUGGAUAAUUAUGACGAUGAAGAAGAAUUAAUUCAGAAUAAGAAAACUGUUGAAUCAACACAAAAACCUACAAUAACACCUCCACCAACUCCUCUUGAUGGACGUUCAAGCGCUGUUCAGCAAUUACCGGAAAAAAACAUUUAUGAUCAAAUAAUAUAUAAAUGCAUAAUAAUAUAAUAUAGAUACUACUUAUACAUAAUUAAUUUAAUACAAUAAUUCUAAAAUAUUUUAUGAACAAAAAAUAAACAGAAAAAUGUUGAGACAUUUCAUAAAAUAAUGCAAAAAGCAAAAUGAUGAUUCAUUUAUCAAUAAGUGAAAAGAUUAUUAAAAUUUUUGAUCAAGAUAACUCAUUAAGGCUAGAAAAUCAAUAGAAACAGAAACAACAUAAAUGUAUUAAAAUAAUAAAUUUCGAAUCAUGAAAUUCAUUGUUUAUGCUUAAUUUCAAUCCUCAAAAUUCAAAGUUCGACCUUUCAUUCAGAGAAUUUUUUCAAUAUGUUUAUGUUGCUGCUAUUAAUCUCGUUCACAAUUCCACAAACACACAUAUAUAGACACAUGAUUUAUACCUACUUGUUUGUUAUUUUCUUAAAAAAUAAACAUUUAGAACAUCAUCAACUUAUAAUGUUUCAUCAUAUGCAUAAAUUAUAUUUUCUGACAAAUUUUAAUAUUAUAUUACUCAAUCUAUGUAGUGCUAAUAUCAUAUUAAUGUUAAUCAUCAUUUGAUUGGUUUCUUAUAAAAUCACCUUUUAUUAUCUAUUCUGUCUAAAAUUAUGUUUCUUGUGAAAAAUUCAAAUAAAUCUUAUUAUUAUUAUCAUUAUUAAUUUGAUUUGAGAAGCUAUAAAAAAAAAUCAAUUGUGUUAGGAAGUAAAUUAAUAAUGAUGAUAAUAAUCAUGAAAUCUUUUACAUUUUGAAACGAAAAAAAAAAAUGCUUUUGUUAUGAAUAGCUAUUUGUCAUUUAUUUUUUGUAAAUAUGUUUUUAAUAUUAAAAUUUAAGCAAAUACUUUUAUUAUUUAUUAAUUUACUCUAAUUUUUAUUAUUUGAUAUCUUUUCAUAAAAACCAAGGAUUGAAAGAGGAAUAAAAUAAUCUUUGAUUUUGCAUUUAUUUAAGAAUUUAUCAGAAUUGAAUGAUUCUUUCCUUGGUUUUUAUAAAUUCACUUAU